CUUCAAGAUUGUGCUUAACUUUGCUUUUGAAAUAUAUAUUUAGAAAUGCCACACGGGGCAUUUCUAAUGGAACUUCAUCGAUCGGUUUCUCAUGUCGGCAAUGCAGUCUGCUGGUUUCUGAUUUUGCUGGCUUGUACAUGCCCCAGCAACCAAAGAGAAUUGAAGACAAACAUCAGACAACUAGAACCAACACACGAAAUGCGGAAAAGAUUGCCAGACGACGAGCUACCUAUUUGCUCAGGUAACCUUCUCGAUCAACGGGAUUACCAUUAUGAAAAAGAAAACCUCGGAUAUUUUGAUACCAGGCGGUUAAUGUCCAAAACUGGUUCAUGCCAACUUUUGCAGUACACAGUUGAACGGGCUGUUGCCUGUCUUGAUGCUAUUAAAGAAGAUAACCCACAGCAAAAAUUUCUUCAUUUGGUAUUUAUCGGUGAUUCGAGAAUUCGUCAACAAUUUUUCAAUUUUCUCAUGCUAAUUCCAGAUCACGACAGGAAGUCGCAGCCGAGUCCAAUUCCACUUAUUUAUCACGAAGAUAUUGAAGUUAUUAGUGAUAUCCUUAGGUUGAAGCUAUCAUUCCAAUGGCGGCCAUUAUUAGACGGUAACGUCACCGAGGCCAUACGCCAAUGGGUGUCUCUUAAUAACGAUGAAGAGCAACCUUACUUUAUUUUCCUAAGUAUGGUCUUAUGGCACAUAGUCCGUAUUCACAGCCAAGAAGAGUACAAUGUUUACCAGGAAAGCCUAAAGAAUAUUAGCCCAGUUCUCAACCAGUUGAUGAAUAACAGCCGAGUAAUUUGGCUUAAUCAAUAUCCAAUGCUGACAUUCUACGAGGGUAUGCAAUACGGUGGAGUUAACAAUUUGGACAUCAUUCUUUCAGAAAACGCUCAUCGUUACAACGAAGCAAUUCGAAGUAUUCUAGAGAAUCGCAGCGGCGUACACAUAUGGGAUUCUAGCAACCCAUUGGCAGAGGAAUACGUUCGUAGUUGUGUCUUUAUUCGACGUGGCCAUUCAAAGUUUGCAUUGUCGGAAGAUCCAGAUCAUACCUUUAUUAACUGCGAAGAUUAUAUCCAUACAGGUUAUUCGGCACUGUCACUAGCCACCCAGCUCCUCUUUAAUGACCUUUGCAAUACUCAUCUUGAAAUUGACUUCGGGGACUAACGUAUCUCUUAGCAAACAACAAAAGUUCAAAGAUUGCUCAGGAUACAUUCUUUUUCUUGCCCAAGAUCAAGUACACUUCACGUCAAGGCGUAACCGUGAGCACCGCAGAAUCUUGACGUUUUACUGGACGAAUACAUAUUUCAUUUUUUUGUCAACAAUUCUUUGUGUUUAGAUUACAUCUUAGAAAAAUUUUUA